AUUGCAACUUCAAUUCUAUGGAAUUCCAUCUAUAAAGGCCCCACCUUUACCGUUGCAGAGUGAAGUAAAAGGUUUCAAAACUCAGAAAUAGGGACAAAAGAAAAAGAGAAAGAAACAGAGCUAGAGUAAUAACAAGGGGAAAGAGCCAAGAGGCCAAGAACAAACAGGGGAACAAAAAUGGAGUGUGUUAACACAUCUUCAACUUCGUCGUCCAUGCGAGAACGAAGCUCCUUCAUACUUUUCGUGUUGUGCAAGGUCUUGCUCUGCUCGUGGCUGCUCUGAAGCUUCUACGCUAGCGCCUCGAGCUCGCUCAGCUCCUCCUUGACGGUGGUAGGAGGAGGAGGAGAAGGAAGAAGGGAAGUGGGUUGGUGGUGUGGUAGUGGGAUAGAAGAGGAGGAGGUAGAAGAAGAAGAAAAAUGGCACCCACAUCCUUCCCAUAUCUGAAAAAUUACUCAUUUCCCAGAUCUGAAAAACCUAGUUUGCUUCCAGACUUUUUCCUCCUUUCGAGAAGUUUAAUUCCUCCUUUCCAGUUUUUUUUGUUUUCAGAAUUUUAGAAUUUUAAAUAAUUACAUUUUUUAAAAUUAAUUAGGUUUCUUUAAAAAUUAAUUAGGUUUUUUUAAUUUAAAUAAAAAGAAAAUAAAGUCCACCUGACCUCAUUAAUCCUACGUGGCCAUGCCAAAUGGAUCACCGGAGCUCUGGCGUUGACCCAGAGCUCCGGAGGGACCAAAACCAAAUCUUUUGACAAAGGAUAGGGACUAAAACCCACCUUUACUCCGACGAGAGACGAAAACCAAGCAUUUAGUAAGGGUUAGGGACCAAAAACUUAUUUAAGCCUUAUAAAAAUUGUAUGUGGUAUUUUGGGUAAAUCAAAAUAAAACACUCAUUGUGUUUAUACUCAUAGCUUCCUGACAUAUUUGCUUCUAAAAAAAAAACUUAAAUACAUUUAAUGAAAGUAAUUAAGAGAUUAAGUUCAAAAAAAAAAUUAAGAGAUUAAUGAAAAUGAAACGUGUUUCAAAAAUAAAUCAAUUCAAAGGGUUUAAUGAUAAAAAAAAAAAAGAAUCAUGAUGUUUUUAAAUGAGCUGGUGUUGGUGGGGGAAGAAGUUGUUGAUGAAGAAAUGGUUGGCUCAGGAUGCAUGAUGAGAGUGGGAGUUCAACCCAGUUGGCAGCGUCAUCCGAUUGUUGCGGAGGAAGCAGUUAAACUGAUACCGAUACGGUGGUUCCCUGCUUCAAAAUCUAAUAAUGGCCGCCGAAUUAGCAGGCGCAGGCGUCCGUUUUGUGUGCCUGAGCCUCCUGAUAAUAGAGGCUUCGCUUCUGCUUCUGCUUCAGAACAAGUAGAGCUAGAAUUGAAGCUUUUCACCGGAAGGAUUCGAAAUUCAGGAAUAAUAUCUUCAUGCACGGUUGGUCUCCUCACCGGCGUGGCUGUCGUGCUCUUCAAUAAUGUUGUCCAUGAAAUUCGUGAUUUCUUUUGGGAUGGAAUUCCUUAUCGAGGCGCCUCGUGGUUGAGAGAAGCACCGAUUCAGGAAACCUGGACCAGAGUAAUACUAGUUCCGGCUUUCGGAGGUGUUGUUGUGGCUCUGCUCAACCUCCUCCGUUCACGUUCUCCUCCUGCUUCCCGCCCUUUCUUCAAGGCUAUGGCAGCUUCUUUUACUUUAGGCACCGGUAAUUCCUUGGGUCCUGAGGGUCCCAGCGUCGACAUUGGUACCUCCAUUGCCAAAGGGCUUGACAAGGCUUCUGGUUCUGGCAGAAUGCUCUCCCUUCUCGCCGCUGGAUCCGCUGCUGGCCUCUCUGCUGGUUUCAAUGCUGCUGUUGCUGGUUGUUUUUUUGCUGUAGAAUCCGUCUUGUGGCCGUCACCUGCAGAUCAAUCUUUACCACUCACAAAUACUACUUCCAUGGUAAUACUUAGUGCUGUCAUAGCUUCUGUAGUUUCAGAGAUUGGCCUGGGCUCUGAACCAGCCUUUAAAGUUCCAGAGUAUGAUUUCCGUUCUCCUGGUGAGCUCCCGCUGUAUCUACUGCUAGGCAUUUUAUGUGGCCUGGUGUCAUUGGCCCUAUCUUGGUGUACAUCAUAUAUGUUGACUAUUUUUGACAAUCUUCAUAAGGCCACUGGCAUUCCAAGAGCUUCAUUCCCUGUAUUGGGAGGCUUAUCAGUUGGGUUGACAGCAUUGGCAUAUCCUGAAAUCCUCUACUGGGGUUUUGAGAAUGUCGACAUUUUGUUAGAAUCUCGGCCAUUUGUUAAAGGCCUUUCCACUGACCUAUUGCUUCAGCUAAUAGCUGUCAAGAUUGUUGCAACAUCUUUAUGCCGUGCCUCUGGAUUAGUGGGAGGAUAUUAUGCCCCCUCUCUCUUUAUUGGUGGGGCAACUGGGAUGGCUUAUGGGAAAUUAAUUGGGUUGGCUGUUUCUGAAUCUAGUCCUUUGGUCAACCUCUCUGUGUUGGAAGUGGCAUCACCACAAGCUUAUGGCCUGGUUGGAAUGGCUGCGACUCUUGCAGGCGUUUGUCAAGUACCACUUACUGCAGUUUUGCUUCUCUUUGAAUUGACACAGGACUAUAGGAUUGUUUUACCACUACUUGCAGCGGUAGGUGUGUCUUCAUGGAUUUCAUCCAUACAGACAAAGAGAGGCGACGACAGGGAGACAAAAAAGCUGAAGUUGGAAAACUCAAGCUCUGCUUCACUUCCAGAAAUAUCUUCCUGUAGUUCAAUUGAGUCAUCUACUGGUAAUACCUUUUCUGAAGGUGUGUCAUCUUUGAGUAAUUUGUGUCAAGUCGAAAGUUCACUAUGUGUAGAUGAUAAUGUUGAAACGACAUAUUUGACAAGGAGAACAUUUGUUUCGGAAGCCAUGAAGACUAGAUAUGUGUCAGUGUCAAUGUGCACACUGCUUACUGAAGUAAUAGAUCUCAUGCUUGUGGAGAAACAGUCUUGUGCGGUAAUUGUUGAUACUGAUGAUACUUUGAUUGGUUUAUUGACGCUUAGAGACAUUCAAGACUAUGGAAAAUUUGCAAAAGCGAGAAGCAAAAAUCCGAAGGAGCUUUUAGUUUCUGAAUUAUGCCUAUUAGAUGGAGGAAUAUGUAGUGUACCAUGGACAGCUACUCCUGAUAUGGAACUUCGCUUUGCCCAAAUGAUUAUGAAGGAACAUGGAGUCGAUCAAGUUCCAGUUGUGAGGAAUAUCUAUGAAAAAACAUAUCCAGUUGGCAUAUUGGAUCCCGAUAGUAUCAAUCUGACAUGCAGUGCUUUGGCGACCAGAGAGUCCCUCAGCUAAUAUUCAACCGUUAGGACUUAGGAGGAUGAAGAGCCUUCCGUUUCCUAGUUUGUACUCCAUUUUUUAUCAUAUAACUUGCCUUUAACAUGCCAAGUUAAACCAUGCCAUAUUGCCAUGUUUUCUCCGUGUUGUAAGUGGAAAGAAGUUCAAAAUAGAGCUCGUGUUUAGUUAUGUUCGCUUCCACUGUGUAGAUUGCCUAAGGGGACCUAUUGUAAUACGAUAUAGGUGUUUCUUGUCCUAAAUGUAAAUUUUCUCCAUGAAGUUGUAUUUUCUAGUCA